AAUGUCUGUCAAUUUGAAAAUUUGCAAAAAGAUAGAGAAAUGUAUGGAGCAGCAGCGACUAAGUGGCUUACGAAGAUAUUGUGAGAGGCAUGAGAGGGAUAUUGAGGACUUGAAACUUGAUUGUGGAAAUGCGGAUGUGUUCUUGAAUCGGAUAUGCAAUUUGAACUUUUACGUGGGUCUCGAGUGUCUUCAACAGUUUCAGUUUCCAUUCGGGUCAAUUGUGACUUCGAAAGGAGAUAAUAUACUGCACGUAGCUUGUAAAAGUGCAAUCGUCGAUAACACAUUGUUUGACUCGCUUGUGCGACCUCUUGUGAGGCUACUGCCUCAUAUGCUACUUGUGCCUAAUAAGGUAGGAGUGAAAGCGGUCCAGUUGGUGGCUCAUUUGGAACAACUGGUCCCCGUAGAGAAUGAGGCGACAGAGACACAUGAGGGGUGUCAGAAUACAGAAUGGAACGAAAAGUUGUCUGCAGAGGCUGAAAGUGAACAAUUUCAUUCUCAAGGGAAAUUUGAGCAAGAUUUAGCAUCUACUUCAAGAGACCCUUUGGGCGAAUCAGAGUCUUACAGUGCUUGGUCCGAGCGCAUAGCCAACGAGUACGCACGAAAGCAACGACAAAAGAAGACGGCACACCAACCACCAAAGAGAAAUCAACAGCCUAAACGACCUCAAUUUCCGAGCUCAAGAGUACCACCGGCUUCUGCCUUGCUGACCAGAGCCAAAACGAGUUUUAUUCCAAAUUUUACCAGAAUGUACAUGAAAUAUCAGACGGCGAUCGGGAUUAUGGAGUUGAAGCUUAAAAACAAGCAAUUGGAUAUAAAAAUUGAAAACAUUCCGUUUCCCGGAGGAGAAAAUCGUGCUUUGGACUCCAAGGUGAUUGAAAGCUUCGUGGCAACUAAAACAGAUCAUAAUAUGGCAUUGAAAACUUUAAAGCGAGAAAGAAUUCGGUGGCAUCCCGAUAAAUUUGCACAGACUUUUUCUUCACACUUCGAAAUAACAGAAGUUCUUAAGUCUCGAGUUGUGGCUUUGUUUCAAAGCAUCGAUUUACUGUACAAGAUACUAUUAGCAAAACUUUCCGCAAAUAAAACCAGUUGAUAUGAUUGAAAUAUUUUGUAGUUAAUUUUGUUUAGUUUUACCAUUGCAAUUAGCCAGCUUUAUCAAGACUAUUUGGAAGUUUUUCUCGUGCC